ACCAGAUUCUCUUCUCGCACUGGGAGUAGGCCAAUUACGACACGCAGACCCCCCCGCCUCCCACCGCCCACCUCACAACUCCCCCAACUAACAACUGACACCAGCCAGCAGGCACUUGCCACACGCUUCAUCAAGCAAAAGCAGCAGCAAAAGCAGCAACAGGUGUUGGCCGAUCCAGCAGGUAGCAUCAUCAUUUGCGGUUCUCAUCGCUGGGGCGGGCCUGGGCCGACGGCAAACGGGAAAUCGGAAACAUGUUCUUCUUCUUCCCGUUCCCCUUCUGCUUUGGCUUUGGCCUACACCGCGGGCUGCUGCCACUUGCCGCCGUUAUCGGCCUGCUGCAUCUGCCGCACUUUGUGUGUCAUGCUAGCUGGGCAACCAGAACGACACUAACCGCCGCCGCCACGACUUCCACUGACACGUCUCCAGUGCCAGCCCCAGUCCCAGUCCCAGUCCCAGCCCCAACCACAACCCCAACCCCAAACCUAGCUCCAUCUGCUGUCCCAUCCAUGCAAAUCCAGCGGCUGCAGGUGAACUGCAGCAGGGAAAUGCUGGACAUGCAGCUGCUGCUGAGCCGACCAUUUCGCGGCCUGCUCUAUGCCAAGGACUUCCCGCUGGAGUGCCGAUCCCGCGGCAAAGACUCCACCCAUCUGCAGCUGCGUAUCCCCACCUCCGGCUGUGGCGUUCGUGCCGAUCCGCUGGCCGACGGCGGCAUAGAGUACACGGUGCGGGUGAUGCUUCAGAUGGAGCAAAAGCUGCGACAAAGCACGGAUAUCCUCAGCUCGGUUAGGUGCCAGCUGCCGGCCAAUGCCAUGGGCAUGCCGCUGCCAGGAGUGCCAGGAGUGCCAGGUCUGCGCACAGACAAUGGUCGGGAGAGAAAUGCAAGAAUGCGUGCCUUGGCCGCUGCGUCUGCCACCCAUGUGGCCUCCUCCUCCUCCUCCUCCUCCUCCUCCACGGUCCCUUCUGCAGUCCCUCAACAUAAUCAUCACCAUCAUCAUCAUCAUCAUAAUCAUCAUAUGGACACGCCGCGCGUUCGCAUUUGGCUGGAGCUGGGCGGUCCCAAUGGCACUGGCUCUGUGGAAGUGGGCGUGCCCACCACCUUAACCGUACGCGCCAUAGUGCCCGGCACCAUUGGGGUCCGUGUGGUGGAUUGUGCGGCACUCGACGGACUCGGAGAAUCCACGCAGCAGCUGCUCGAUGCACGUGGCUGUCCGAUUGACGAGCAGGUAAUGCCCGCUCUGCAUACACACCACAAGCCAGCCGAGGAGGGCUGGUCAAAGCAGCACGAGGAAGAUCUGGUCGAGCGCACGUUUGCGGCCACAUUUCCCGCCUUCAAGUUUCCCGAUCGCGAGCGCCUGCAUGUUAGCUGUGGCGUGCAGCUAUGCAAGGGGAAGUGUCCGAAUCUGAAUUGUCGCCUCGCCGAGCAGCAGCAGCAGCAACAGCUGCAGCUGAGUGCCGACCAGCACCUGGCACGCAUUGAGGUGUUCAAUUCGCUGGCCGUGACUGCGCCGCAGAUCGAAGUGGAUCGCCUGCGCUACGACCGGCGGUACAACAUGAGCGUGGAGGAUUAUGCACCUCAUGUGCGACCGCUGCCGGGUGAGGGCACUCUCUGUCUGUCCAUCUCAAAGCUGGCCAUUUCCUUUUGUAUUCUUGGAUUGAUAUUCCUGGUGGCCGUCGUCGUGGCCAUCUUUUCAUUGAUACGCACGCGUCGCCGAGAGCGUCGUCAUGGCGCUCGAUUAGGAUUUGGCCUUGGACUAGGACUGGGCAGUGGCACUGGCACUGGCACGGGUACGGGCCUGGCCGGAACGAGCACGUCGAACAGCAGCAGCCGCCUGCAUCGCGAUCGGGCCGAUAUCUGUACAUCAAUGUUCUCCUCGAGCAGCGAGUCGGCCCAGUCCCAGCCCCGUUUUGGGGCCAAAUUUUUAAUGCCUUAUUAUCCCAAUGCACUGCCCUAUGGGCGUGUCUAUUAGUUUGUUCUAGAAUCUAGAUUGAUUUACGCUUCCCAUAGACUGAUGUGGCGUUAACCUUCAAAUUCGUCUAACGAGUAUCGUACCAAAUUAAGUUUUAACUUUAAAAACACUUGAAUCGCCUACAACUAGUUGAAAAGACCUUGAAAGCACUUUCUGUUCGAGCUUAAAAUGUAUUUUGAUGUCUUUUCGUUGCAUUAUACUAAGAACCUUCAUUUAAUUAGCCUUUAAAUAAUUGAAUAAAUUUAAAUUUGAUUUUCGA